CGUGAACCCGAACGGCAUUUAGGCUUACCAACUACAAGACGGUUGUUUGAAACUUUUACGCCAACAAUUUGACUUAAUAAUACCAUGCCGCCGAACAAUUUGACUCAAUAAUGCCGCCGCGGCGGAAACAGCGGCCGUCGUCCACCUGUAGCACGUAACCAAACUUCAUCCAUGGGGGCGAAGAAGCGGGAAGUAACGGUACGCGUCGUUAGCAAACAAAGGUGUUAGCCGGCUAACUCGGGUGAAGUCGGGCUAACUCGGGCGCAGUCGGGCAAAGUCGCAAUGGAGCGCGGGGCUUUUUCCAAAUACUCCUGGAUCGACUUCGCCUUCUCCGUGGUCGGAGUGUGUACUUUCCUGCUGGACUGGGGCUCCGACCUGUGGGUGGCCGCGGAGUUUUACUGCCACGGAGACUUGUUGUGGUUCGGGGCGCUGGUCGCCCUCAUGGUGUUGUCGUCCUGCGUGGUCCAAAUGUUCAGCUGGUUCUGGUUGAAGUACGACCGACAACUGCCGGGGUUCCGGAGUGACACCGGAGCGGAAGCGGUGCUGUUUGUGGACAAGGCGAAGCUCUCCUGCCUGUUACAUGUGCUGCAGCUGGGCUUCCUUUGCAGGCACAUCUCGGCCAUCAGGCAAGGCUUCCGGGUGUGGUGGCGCAAAGAGGAAGGCUCGGAGUACGCCGUUUACCUGACCCACGACCUCAGCAUGCUGCGCCUGAUCGAGACGUUCUGCGAGAGCGCCCCGCAGCUGACGCUGAUGAUCUACGUGGUGCUGCGCAACAACAAGGCCAGGACCGUCCAGUUCGUGAGCAUCGCGGCGUCGACCACGUCCAUGGCCUGGAUGGUGGUGGACUACCACCGCUCCCUGCGCUCCUUCCUGCCGGACAAGGCCAAGCAGGGCUGGGGCUCCUCCCUGGUCUACUUCCUGUGGAACCUCCUUCUCAUUUCCCCGCGCGUGGCCGCCCUCGCCCUCUUCGCCUCCGUCCUGCCGGCCGGCUGCGCCGCCGCCCACUUCCUGCUCGUCUGGUCCGGCUUCGUCCUCUGGGCCUGGCGGCAGGGGACGGACUUCAUGGACAGCGCCGGCGGCGAGUGGCUGUACCGGGCCACGGUGGGGCUGGUCUGGUACUUCAGCUGGUUCAACGUGGCCGAGGGUCGGACCCGCGGGAGGAGCGUCAUCUACCACGGCUUCAUGGCGGCGGACGGCGGGAUCCUGCUGGCCACCUGGUGGUGCUACAGGGACCAUGUGACGUCACAGCCCUACGCCCUGGCGCUGCUUCUCACGCUACCUCUCACCUACUGGCUAGGACUGCUCUUUAAGUGCAUCUAUUACUGCUGCUUCCACCCCACGCUCUGGAGGCCCCCCGGCAGGCUGCCCGACGACUUGCCCGACGACUUGCCCGACGCGCAAGUGUCCUUUCGAGACUUUUCCAUCCAGGACGGCACCAUGUCCUCCCAGCUGCUCAACAAGAGGAUGCAACACAACGCCGCCCUCUUUUACUCAGUCCCUAGAGACACCAGAUAACUGUUCUUUUAGGCCACCAUUAUUCCUGUUUGUGUUACAACAUCACUCAGUCCGUAGUGACACCAGAUUACUGUUCUUUUAGUCCACCAUUAUUCCUGUUGGUGUUACAUUACUCAGUCCGUAGAGACACCGGAUAACUGUUCUUUUAGUCCACCAUUAUUCCUGUUGGUGUUACAACAUUACUCAGUCCGUAGAGACACCAGAUUAGUGUUCUUUUAGGCAACCGUUAUUCCUUGCUCAGUCCGUAGUGACACCAGAUAACUGUUCUUUUAGGCAACCAUUAUUCCUGUUGGGGGUGCUGGAGCCUAUCUCAGCUGCAUUCGGGCGGAAUCCCAAAAGAGACAAGCGGUAGAAAAUGGAUGGAUAUUCCUGUUGGUGUUACAACAUUACUCAGUCCGUAGUGACACCAGAUAACUGUUCUUUUAGGCAACCAUUAUUCCUGUUGGUGUUAGAACAUUACUCAGUCCAUAGAGACGCCAGGUAACUGUUCUUUUAGGCAACUGUUAUUCCUGUCGGUGUUACAUUACUCAGUCCGUAGAGACACCAAACAACUGUUCUUUUAGGCAACCAUUAUUCCUGUUGGUGCACCCCCCGCGACCCUGAACGGGACAAGCGGUAGAAAAUGGAUGGAUAAAGGGUGUUACAACAUUACUCUGUCCGUAGAGACACCAGAUAACUGUUCUUUUAGGCAACCAUUAUUCCUGUUGGUGCUACCACGAACGGGACAAGCGGUAGAAAAUGAAUGGAUGGAGGGUGUUACAACAUUACUCAGUCCGUAGAGACACCAAGUAACUGUUCUGUUAGGCAACCGUUAUUCCUGUUGGUGUUACAACAUUAGUUACACCUGUGCAAUCUAAUUUUAUUUACUCAUACGGUGUCUUCAGAUAAUUAAGUGUGGGGUCAAAGUAGGCCAGGGGUCUCAAACUCAGGCUAGGGAUAAAAACUAAACUUUAGUUUUUAAUACUAUCGUUAUAUGCUGAUAAUGCAUGUUGAUCACAGGUGUCCAACUCAUUUUAUUUGGCCCUCGAAAGCCUGGAAAUAAUAUGGAGCAAUGAAGUAAUGUACAUUUUCUUACUAAAUGUAUUAUUUCUUUCUAUUUUAGAAGGAAAAAAAAAUGUACUCAAUGUAAUCACAAAUGAUGUUAACUUAAAUAUUGUCUAAUUAUGCAAAAAUAUAUUGUCAAACAUUCAAACCAUUUUUUAAGUAGAAAUAGAUACUAUUAAUGAUUUCAAAGCAAGUUAUCCAUCAAAUGGUGCAAUGUAAAAGUAGCAAUAGAUUUCAUGGUCAAAUUGCUGCGACAAAAACAGUACUUUUUUUUACUGUAAUAAACUGUGGUGUCGUUUUGGCAUUUACAGUACUACACCGGAAAAAUCUACAGUUGUUGAUUUGCGGUUAAAAAACAAAAACAAACUGGCAGCUCAGGUGCUAAAAUUUUACUGUAAAAUUGCAGUUUUUUUUAUUUACAGUAAAAAAAAAAGAAGAAGUAAAUUUUACAGUAAAAUUCUGGCAACUGAGCUGCCUUUUUUUAACCAUAAAAACAGCAGUACUGUUUUUCCAUUUACAGUAAUAUACACUACAUUUUGAGGUGAAAUUAUUGCAACUUACCAUAUUUUUUUUUACAUUUUAGUUAUUAAAAAAAUGUACUCAUAAAAUGCAUAAAAAAAUUGAGUAAUAAUAGUAUUCACGGUUAGAAGCGGCCCUCUGGGGCCAAACAUAACUGCAAUUUGGCCCUCGGUGAAAACCACUUUGACACCUCUGAUGUUGAUAAUACAUUCUAACUCGGCGACGAGUGAACGAAAGUGUCCUCAAUGCCACAUAGCAUUCUUGCCAGCGGCUAACGUCCCCCCGCAGUGUAAAGCCAUUUUGAAGUCAGCAAUCCUCACCUCCACGACGGCAAAUAAGCUACCGUAUUUUCCGGGCCAUAGAGCGCACCGGUAUUUAAGCCGCACCCACCAAAUUAACUAAACAAAUUGUUUUACUUGUAUUAGCCUUUAUGCCACACCGGACUAUGAGGCGGCACAAAAUAUAUUUUUUAAUGUUUAUUUUUUAAUGUUUAAUGCUUCCAAACGGUGUCUGUCGCACGGCAGUAAAACGGCUGAUCAAACAAAACAGAAGUCAUUGCCAUGGACCCACUAGCUGCGAAAGCUAGCUCUCCAAUCAGCUAAACAGACUUAGCAACUCCUAGGUGACAUUUUUGGUGAAUUUACAAAACUGAAACAAUACAAAAAGAAUGCCAAUGUAGAUUAAUAAUGCUAACACUGACACUUGUAAAGGUGUUAGCUUUUUUACAUUAUGAUAGCACGUAUAAAUAUGCAUCAAAACACUCCUGCAGACUUCACACAUGGGACGGUUUAGUAAGUAUGAAUUGUUUUAGUUAUAUUGUAAGACUUACAAACGCCGCUUAGAGUGGUGAAUGAAGGAUCCUUUUGAGCAAAAACGCCAUGAGCGGUUACGCUUCCGGUUCAAGGCACGAAACAGGAAGUACAGUGAGUGAACUCGUCCAAAAGAUGGCGCCAUAGCACAAACAAUAAUUUUCAGUGACUUUGUCGGUGUUAUAUGACGACUCUUUGUUGAAUACACAUUUUGGCCGAAAAAUCCAUAAAUUCGCUGCACCGUU